AUGCGGCUCCUUUCGCCAGUAAAAUCGGUUCCUACGGUGGCCAGGUUCUGCAACCCCUCCGUCCAUCGACUCGCCUCUCCUCCUCUCCUUCGUCUCCGUCUCUCGAACAAUUUCCCGCCAACAUUAGCCCUAACCACGGAUAAUUCUUCCGGCGGAUGUUGGUCGUUUCAUGCUUCCACAGUAUGCCAUUACGCUUCCUCUUCUUCGUCUUCUGCGUCGCAAACACGCCAAAGCCUCUUGAACCCUGGGACAAGAGUGACUCUGAGGAAAAAGAAGAUAUCGGCUCUGGUAUCCAUUAACAUCUCUCGCUCUCUCCCAUAUGUAGUUUUUACAUUAUUGACAUUUAGGAGUGCCUUUGUUUCAUCUUAUUUAGGGUUUGUAAUUUCCGGAAGGAGGAUUCUUGCGGAAUCUUUUACUGUGUCUAAUCGUUCAUCAUCCUUGCGAGUGAGAAAGUUUCGUUCGCCCACUUUCUACAAAGCAAAGGUUGAAGCUGUUUCGGAUGAAUGUGGUUUGGCUACCUUAGUUGUUGAUAGCGAUGAGUUUUGGGAGCAUACGCAUGCUUUGGAGCUCGGUGAAGACGACGUACCCUCUAUAGGCGAAACUGUCUCCGUUCUCACUUAUGAUAGGGACAUCAUCGAGCUUAAAGAAGGGACUGUAUCCUCAGUUGCACCUAGAGAAUAUUUCGAUGGCACCUCCAAACUAUUGUCCAUAGAAAUUGAUCAUGAUCGUUGCUACUGUAGUGGUCCAGUGGUUAUGCGAGACGUGAUUGUUGGUUUCUAUACAUGGUUGGGGAAAUGCAUAAUUCCAACUCCAGUGAUUAAGCAUUUUCUAAAUGGUCUUGAGGAAAGACACAUUGGCUUCGGUUCGCUGGAUAUUCGGUAUCAAACCUUGGAGGAUGCUCAACUACGUAGACAUUUUAAAAUGAGUCAUGACAUGACAGGUGUUCUAAUAACCGAAAUAGAUCCACUGUCAAAUGCUCUCAAAGUUCUGGAAAAACACGAUGUCAUACUUGCAGUUGAAGGUCUUCCUGUAGAUAAUGAUGGAGCAGUUCAUUUUCAGAAAAAAGAAUGGCUCAGUCUCAAUCACUUGGUUUCUAUGAAGAAACCUGGUGAAGUAGCUUCUCUUAAAAUAUUAAGAGAUGGAAAAGAGCAUGCGUUCAACGUCGGUUUAAACUUCACCAAGCAGCAGAUGGUUCCAUACAACUUCCUUCCGAGCUAUUACAUACUUGGCGGUUUUGUCUUUAUGGCUCUUUCUGAGCCAUUCAUUAGUAAAUCAAGAAAAGUCAUAUGUGGCUGUAAUUUAGAAAGGAUGGCCAAGAAAGCCGGUGAGGAGAUUGUCAUCAUUUCUCAGGUGUUGUUGGAUGACAUAAACAAGGAAUAUUCUACUUUCCAAUAUUUCGAGGUGAAGAAAGUGAACGGAGUGGAAGUUGUGAAUUUGAAGCAUCUAAGUGAGCUCAUAGAAAAUUGCUGCACCGAGGAUUUGAGGUUUGACUUAGAAGAUGGAUAUGUUAUAGUCUUGAACAAGAAAUCUGCUAAAGAAGCAAAUUCUGUGAUCUUGGAACGCCAUGGAAUACCAUCGGCCAUGUCCAAUGACCUUCAAUAA